UUGAACUAUCAUGGUUCAUGAAAUGACUCUAAAUCUAAUGUUUUCCAGCUGUGUGUACAUUCAUUUUAUUUGUUGGGAUGUAUUCAUAUCUGACUAUCUGUUGUUUGUGUAUUGAGCUCAACCAUUGUGCAAUUCCUGAAAAAAUGACUCUUAAAAGUAAGAAACAAAUCAAAAACAAUCAGUAACCAUAGCAGUUACAGAAUCAAAUUUGCUCUGAAUGUCUCUAAUUUUCACACAUUGACUCAUCUUAUUGAUGUCAGAUUUGCAGCAAUCAGCCCUGAGUGAAGCCGUUCAUGAGAGUUUUAAUGCUGGGGAAUAUUCCCAUCUUCCCACAGCUGAAGAAGAAGCAAGCAGGAGGAAUUACUCCAGGAGAAACUACUGACAUACUAUUGAUAAGAUGGAGUUUGAGGAAGAACCCUGCAGAAUUAAAGAUGAAGAUACAGAGGAACAAACAGAUGAAGAUGGAAAGGAUGUCAGUCAAAAGCAAGCUAGAAAAACUGGAGUCAAAGGACCUUUCACCUGCUCUGAUUGUGGAAAGAGUUACUCACAUAAACCAGACCUUAACAGACACAUGAGGUUUCACACUGGAGAAGGACUGUUCACGUGCACUCAGUGUGGAAAAGAUUUCACAGAGAAAGGAAAGCUGGAUGUACACAUGAGAGUUCACACUGGAGAAAGACCGUUCACAUGCACUCAGUGUGGACAGACUUACGUACAUAAACCAGACCUUAACAGACACAUGAGGAUUCACUCUGGAGAGAAACCAUAUACAUGCACUCAGUGUGGAAAGAGUUUCAUUGACACACAAAGCUUAAAAUCGCACAUGAAAACUCACACUGGAGAAAAACCGUUCACAUGUACUGAGUGUGGAAAGAGUUACGUAUCCAGAAGCUUUCUCAAAGAUCAUCAGCUCUCUCACGUUGGAGUGAAGUCGUUCAGCUGUGAUCAGUGUGAUAAAACAUUUGUUGUGGCAUCAAACUUAAAAAGACACCUUAAAGUUCAUACUGGUGUGAAGCCUCACUUUUGUUCUUUUUGUGGAAAGACUUUUGCACAACUGCAAAAGUUAAAAGAGCACGAGCGUAUUCAUACUGGUGUGAGACCUUAUGCGUGCUUGGACUGUGGAAAGAGCUACACUACAUCAGACGGAUUAAAAGCACACCAGAGGAUUCACACUGGAGAGAAACCUUACAUGUGCUCACACUGUGAAAAGUGUUUUGCUCAUUUAUCAUCCCUGCAAGCUCAUGAGAGAGUUCAUACUGGAGAAAAGCCGUACCAGUGCUCUUCAUGUGAGAAGAGUUUUGCUCACUACCCAAGUCUGCAUGCUCAUAUUAAAAAAAAGCGUUGCCCAAAGUUGCCUAAAUGAGAAAUUUUUCUCUAUUCAGAUUCAUUACAUCACAUUUGGUGAACAACUCUUGAAAGAUGAAAAGAUAUUAAAUCAGUCACGUUUGGCUAUAGGGUUGGAUGGGGUUUAUUACUGAUGUCUUUUAUUGUGUAUAUGCUCUCUUAAAUGUAUUCUGAUUGCAUGUUUUGAAACAAUGAGAAAUAAAAAGAAAUAAAAAUACAUGACUCAUUUAAUGACAUA